AACUAUUUAAAAAUUAAGAUGUCAACAGCUCACGAAGAGCCCUGUGGUCCCAGCCACAGGUCAUUUUGCCUGAACGGGGGGAUUUGUUAUGUGAUACCUACUAUUUCCAGCCCAUUUUGUAGGUGCAUUGAAAAUUAUACAGGAGCUCGUUGUGAAGAGGUUUUUCUCCCAAGCUUCAGCAUCCAAACUAAGAGUAACCUGUUUGCAGCUUUUGUGGCACUGGCUGUUCUUCUAGUAACACUUAUCAUUGGAACCCUCUACUUCCUUUGCAGGAAGGACCACCCUCAAAGGGCCAUUUCAGUCCCGUAUGAUAUCAACCUGGUAGAGACAAGCAGUACUAGUGCCCAACACAGUCAAGCAGUGCAUCACUUGAAGGGAAACUGA